CAGAAUCUGUAUUUAUCGUGGAGUCCAAAUCUAUUACAUUCUGUCUCCAAUAAAUCAACAUUUUUCAACAAGGUGACCUUUACUGAGUAAAAUACUCCAUGUGAGUUUAUCACUGAUUGGCCAUACUGUUUUGAAUACCAUUUUGGCUCACCAAGUAUCACGAGCCAAGUUACUGUUUCAUUGAAGACAGACUAUUAAUGGAUCAUAUGGCAUCGCCAUCCCCAUCUCAGCCAUUUGUCAGUUACAGCCAACCUGGUGGAGGAACUCUAGGGAUGGGUGCCUUAGGCCUACAACAACCUUCACGCAGCUUAACUGGUCAACAAUUUUCUGGAAGACUUGGAAACAGUGGUAGCCAUCUUCCAGGUCAUGUAACUCCCACAAGCUCAGGUAUUCUGACUUUUCCAACAAGUCUCCAGAACAAUCUUCCUUCUCAACUACCUUCACCAAAUAGUAGGAGUAUGCUUCCAUUGAGUACCAGGGGACUCCAGAGUCAGAGACCAUUGAAUUCUCAAGAAAUUAAAAGAAUGGUAGAGAUGACGGGGACACUAGGAGGAAAUUCAAGUUCGAUGGGUUUAAUAUUUGGUGUUUCUCGUAACUCAAGGAGUUUUCCAUCCACAAGUUUAAUGAAUAGCACACUGACUUCAGCAUUUUCUUCUAAUCCUGGUAGGUAUUAAAAGAUGUGAUUUGAAGAAAUAAAGAAAAAUAACUAUACAGCAUUAACUUUCUCUACUAGAAGUGAUACUUGUGAAACUUUCUCAAUUCAGGCUACUUUGUGUUUUUGUAAGUGUUUAAAAAUGGUUUACACAUGAAAUUUUCAUUUACUUAGAAACUUUUCAUCACUUUCAAAUUCUGAAUCAGUGUAUUAAAAUUUCUUCCAGGAGGACAUUAAACAUUGAAUGGCCAGGGAAUAUCUCUUGCGCUCUUGCUGAUGAUUUAAAAUGUGUUUUAAUGAAGCCUUAUUUUUCCAACUCUUUCUCCUACUCAGUAAAUCAGCUUAACUGAUAAGGGCAUGUCACUGUAAGGCAUACAAAGCUUGUUUACUAAACUUAUGAAAAAUUCUAGAAAUAUUUUAUAAAACAUACCAUCACUAGUAACAAAAGGAUGAAAAUUUGUGCUAAUGUGAUUUGUGUCUCAUCAUAUAGUUAUUGAAGUACCUCAGUUUUAUUUG